AUGGACAGGGGCACGGAAUAUAGAGCCGUUUCGCUUGGGAACCCGUUCUUGGUUAGCGCGAAAUUCCCCACCCACAGUUCUGAUCUUUUCUCGAAAAUCAUCAACCUCGAAUUCUGCGACUACGACCAACGACUCCGACGACAUCAACAGCACCGCCGCCCGAUAACCAGCAACCAUGGUACGCACCGCAAGGCGCCGAAGAGUGACAAUGUCUACCUCAAGCUCCUCGUGAAGCUGUACCGCUUCUUGGCCCGCCGCACUGAUGCCUCAUUCAACAAGGUCGUGCUCCGAAGACUUUUUAUGUCCCGUAUCAACAGACCUCCCGUGUCCAUCUCGAGAAUUGCUGCGAACGUCGACGAGAAGUCCAACAACAAGACUGUUGUGGUCGUUGGCACCGUCACCGAUGACAACCGCCUCUUGACCGUCCCCAAGAUGAGCAUUGCCGCACUCCGGUUCACUGCCACCGCCCGCGCGCGGAUUGUUGCCGCUGGUGGCGAGGUUCUCACUUUGGAUCAGUUGGCAUUGAGAGCCCCUACUGGAAGCAACACUCUUCUCCUCAGAGGACCCAAGAACUCCAGAGAGGCUGUCAAGCACUUCGGUUUCGGCCCACACAAGCACAAGAAACCCAAGAUUGAGUCCAAGGGACGCAAGUUUGAGAAGGCUCGUGGACGUCGUGCCUCCAGAGGCUUCAAGGUCUAG